AUAAGUUGAGUUUGACAAGGUUUUUAAUACGUAAGAAAAAGAUACUCAUAUAAAAUAAAAAUAAAAAUAGAUCAUCCAAUCCAAGAGCAAUAUGAUCAAAUCAUACGUAGGUCCUACCACAAACCUGAAUACGACCACACGAAUGAAUCUAAUUAAAGUACUUCCUUAAUUAGCAUAAUAAUGAGACGAGUGUUCCAGAAACGUUAAUCUUGUCAAUCAUUAUCUCUUCUUAUUCAACGGAUAACGUUAGUACUACGUCAGCAUUCAACAGUUCUUAUAUAACCUCGUACGCUGUAAGAAUCCCAUAAACGAGAAAAUAGUGUAGUGAAGUUUGUGGACAAGUAAACUGUAAAAGUGAUGGAGAUUAGAGUAGGGAGAAAGUUGCUAUUACUUGCAUUAUGCUUAUUGAUAUCCGCCGUGAUUGGUGGUUACUGCCACCGUCUGACGGCGGAUAUGCGGUGGCAAGUUUUGAACCGACGGCAGCAGCAAAAGGAGAAAGAGGAUUCAGUUGACAGUACACGACGUAAUUUGCUCUCCAAUGGACUCGGCUUGACUCCUCCUAUGGGGUGGAGUAGUUGGAAUCAUUUUGGCUGCAACAUUGAUGAGAAAGUCAUAAGAGAAACUGCUGAUGCCUUGGUUUCAACUGGUCUUGAUAAGCUGGGGUAUAAGUAUGUCAAUAUAGAUGAUUGCUGGGCUGAACCUCAACGCGAUGAUCAGGGAAAUUUUGCACCUAAGAAUUCCACAUUUCCUUCUGGAAUGAAAGCUCUAGCUGACUAUGUUCACAGUAAAGGUCUUAAGCUAGGAAUCUACUCAGAUGCAGGGUAUUUUACUUGCAGCAAGAAAAUGCCUGGUUCACUUGGUCAUGAGGAACAAGAUGCAAAAACUUUUGCAGCAUGGGGUAUUGAUUAUUUGAAGUAUGAUAAUUGCAACCAUGAUGGAACAAAGCCAACUGUGCGAUACCCUGUAAUGACAAGAGCUCUAAUGAAUGCUGGACGACCUAUCUUCUUUAGUCUUUGUGAAUGGGGCGACUUGCAUCCGGCGUUGUGGGGUGGCAAAGUAGGUAAUAGCUGGAGAAACACAAACGAUAUCACUGAUACAUGGGAAAGCAUGAUUUCUAGAGCAGACCAGAAUGAAGUUUAUGCAGACCUUGCAAGGCCUGGUGGCUGGAAUGAUCCCGACAUGCUUGAAGUGGGAAAUGGAGGUAUGACAAAGGAUGAAUACAUUGUCCACUUUAGUCUCUGGGCUAUUUCAAAGGCUCCCCUUAUCAUUGGUUGUGAUGUGAGAAAUGUAACAAAGGAUACCACGGAAAUACUUGCCAACAAGGAGGUCAUUGCUGUAAACCAAGAUGAGUUAGGCGUCCAGGGCAAAAAGGCCAGAAUGGAAGGCGAUAUUGAGGUCUGGGCAGGGCCUUUGUCAGGCUAUAGAGUAGCUUUAGUGCUUCUCAACCGUGGUCCUCAGAAAUAUGAAAUAACAGCACACUGGGAUGACAUUGGAAUCCCUCCUAACAGCGUCGUAGAGGCAAGAGAUCUUUGGGAGCACAAGACAUUGAAGACAAGAUUUGAAGGGAAUUUGACAGCUACUGUGAACUCUCAUGCGUGCAAGAUGUAUGUUUUAAAGCCUAUUGCUUGAGGAUUCAGAGAGUGGUUGGCACCAGGCUUCUCAGUCUCUUCCUCUCAAUUUGUUAUGUUUUAUUACAAAAUUAAACUAGUCAUUCGUCGAACGUAUACAAAGGAUUGAACAUCACUAAUAUGAAGGGAUGCAAAAUCCUGUCAUAAUGUAUGAGUUAGCUUUCUUAUUUUGGUUGUCAUUUGUCAACUUCAGUACCACAUCCUAUUAAUGGA